UGCGGCAGUGGCCGGGGGUCGUCGGCGGCGGGGGUCCGCACAGAGGAUGAGCCGGUCCUUCAUUGAGCCCUACAGAACAGGCAGCAUAUUAAAGCGAAGAGGAUCUGAGGCGGUCGCUUUCCCCCAUCUCCUGGAUGGCUGAGAUCUGGGUGAGCUGCACCCCACCUCUGGCUAGCCCCCUUACCCGAUUCCAACAAGAUUAUGGCACAAAGCCACAUGCAGACGCAGCUGGAUUUCCACCACGCUAAUUUAGGAACAGGGGCUGAGGCCCAUCGCCUUGAAAGCGAUCUCCAAGACAUAAUGGAGAGCCUGAGCCAGAAGAAAUACUCCUCGAGUCUAAAAUUUCAGACCAAUGGAGACCACUCAGGCUCCUAUUUAACCCUGUCCCAGCCAGCACCUCCAAGGAGAAGCCCUACGAUCCUGGCCUCCAGGGUCAGGAACAGCCCCUCCGGGAUGCAAAUCCAGGGCUCCAGGCAGCUCUCUGGUGGUGGCCCUCACCCCUCGGACACAGGCAUCUCCAACAAGCCACCAGCUCCCAAGCCGGGUGGUGCGAGCUCUCUUGGCGGCUCCCCAGGGAGGGCAGACCUGGACCGUCAUCCCCGGCCUGACUGUGAAAACUCCCCCAGACCAAUGGAUAGACGCCCCUAUUCCAAAUUCAGCUCCAGGAAUAAGUCUCAUGAUAACGUGUACUGUCCCGGCCUCUUGGAACGCCGGGCGGUGUCAGGAUCCCUCCUGGCAAUUAGCUGUGGUGGCGACUCUGGGCUCCCCCCGCCGGGCCGGUCGGGGGCUGCCAGUGUGCCCUCCAGCCCUAAGCAGUCCCGGAAAUCGGUUGCUCAGGACGUCCUCGGACUGCAGCCCAGACGGGCCAGGCACAGGGGACCAGCAACAGCGACAGUAGCAGGGUUGGAGAGUGAGGGCUCGAGGAGCAGGAAGCAUUCUGGGGGCUCCCUGACUCCCAUGGGGGUACACAGUCGCUCCCUGCCCAGACUUUACAGAUCCUCUGAAAACCAGCCUCUGCCUCUCAGCUUGCCUCCGAGAAACUCUCUGGGAAGCUCCCGCAGAAAGAUAGUGGGAGACAAGGAUCUACCUCACAGCCUGCUAGAUGCUGACAAUUAUCUGAGUUUCUCUUCCUGUAGCUCGGGGAUUUUACCCUGUAAAAAUUCUGCCACCGAUGCCCACCCCUACGUCAACUCAACCCUCAGUGUCCCUGCGAGCCCUCGAGUGGCUAGGAAAAUGCUGCUGGCAUCCUCCUCUUCCUCCUCCUAUAUGUCAGACGACUUGGAUGGGAUCACCUUCUGGGGGGCCAACUCCACCCGCUCAUUUUCCCCCGAAGAUCCUGACAGGGUGUUUUCGGGCAGGAGAAAUUUUUCCUGUGGCUCCAUGGAAUUCGACGAAGCCGACUCAGAGAGCCUGCGGCAAAUGGCAGGCACCCCUGCACCUCGGGAGAGGAAGAACAGCAUCAGCUCCAUCUCGGGAAGGGAUGAGUUAAUGGAUUACCACCGGAGGCAGAGGGAAGAGCGACUCAGGGAACAGGAAAUGGAACGAUUGGAGCGCCAGAGGCUGGAGACAAUCCUUACUCUAUGUGCUGAGUACACCAAGCCUGAGAACAGGACCAUGGCCGCUACCACCGUUGCAGAUGUGCAGAAGAUUAAUAAAGAACUAGAGAAACUUCAGCUUUCUGAUGAAGAAUCUGUUUUUGAGGAGAGCCAAAUGACCCCAGAAAGCAAAUACAGGGGCCACCAGACACCACUGCUCCUUGAUUCUGACCUCUCUGCUCCCGCUGGUCUCAACCAGAGUUCUUCCAAUUUCCUUUCUCCGAGAAGUAUUAGGAAUGAUGAAUCCCUCAGGGAUGCCAACGAGUCUCCUCAGUUUCCUUCCUCUAGGUCACUAAAGGCUUCCAAUGAGUCAUCUUACCUAAGUAUCAUUCCAAAGAUGCCUGAACGGGCAAGUGAGGAGCAGGAGAUGCUGCAAAUUGGAGAGGAGCGAGUGGCGAUCCUGAACAGCAUGGAGGAACUGGAACAGAAAAUCAAAGACCUAAAUGACCAGAUGGAUGAAUCUUCCCGAGAGUUGGAUAUGGAAUGCGCCCUUUUGGAUGGUGAACAGAAAUCUGAAACCACUGAACUUCUGAAAGAGAAAGAGAUAUUGGAUCACCUGAACAGGAAGAUAGCAGACCUGGAAAGAAAUGUCAUUGGGGAAAAGACCAAGGAAAAAGUAAAGCUUGAUGCUGAGAGGGAAAAGCUAGCGAGGCUCCAGGAGCUUUACUGCGAACAGAAGACCCAGCUUGACAACUGCCCAGAGGCCCUGAGGGAACAGUUACAGCAGCAGCUGAGGAGGGAUGCUGACCUACUGGAAGUAGAGAGCAAACACUUUGAAGAUCUGGAAUUUCAGCAGCUGGAGCAUGAAAGCCGAUUGGAUGAGGAGAAGGAAAACUUGACCCAGCAGCUCCUGCGGGAGGUGGCAGACUACCAGCGCAGUAUUGUCACUAGGAAGGAGAAGAUUUCUACUUUGAAAAAACAAGCCAGCCACAUCGUGCAGCAAUCGCAGAAAGAGCAAGACCAUUUCGUCAAAGAGAAAAACAAUCUGAUGAUGAUGCUGCAAAAGGAAAAAGAGAAUCUUUGCAAUUUGGAAAAGAAAUAUUCCAGUCUUUCAGGAGGCAAAGGAUUCCCAGGCAGUCCCAGCAGUCUAAAGGAGGCUUCUCUCAGUGCAAAUGCAACUAAUAAGCUGGCUGUCAUUUCCCAAAGUCUGUCCCCUGCUGCUUCCCGGCUCCUCUGUGACACUGCUGCUCUCUCCACUGCACCUUCUUCACCUUCUACAGCUGGCUUGUUGAGCCAGCAGCCACAGAUUGAAGAGCUUCCACCCGUCCAUUGGCCAGAGUUCGUGGCUCCAUUUGCUGAUCACUGUCCUUUAAAUGACACACCUCCUCCUCUUCCCGCUAAGAAACACCGCAAACCACAGCAGCCUCUUAAAAAUCUGGAAGGAAGGAAGCACCACCACAGAGAAGGCCUCUACCUGAGUGACACGCUGCCUCGCAAGAAACCCAGCCCCUCACUCUCAGCCCAUUUCAGCAGUUCGACCCUGGGAAGAAGCAGCACGCCCAAGAACCACCCACCCCUAGGGCAGAGCAACAGCUGUGGCAGUGUCCUCCAACACUCUCUAGCCACCAUGGCCAAGGAUUCUGAGCCCAGAAGGAUCCACAAAGGAUACAAUCACCAGCAGGUGAAUGAAGGACAAAGACAGAAAUCAUCAGAAUUUUACAGCCGAACUGCAUCUGAAUCGAAUGUCUAUUUGAACAGUUUCCACUACCCAGAUCGCAGCUACAAGGACCACGCCUUCGACACACUGAGCAUCGACAGCUCUGACAGCUUGGAGACCAGCCUCUCUGCCUGCUCCCCUGACAAUAUCUCCAGUGCCAGCACUUCAAAUAUUGCCAGGAUAGAGGAGAUGGAGAGGCUUUUGAAGCAGGCUCAUGCAGAAAAGACACGUUUGCUGGAAUCAAGGGAACGAGAGAUGGAAGCCAAGAAACGAGCCCUAGAAGAAGAAAAGCGACGUCGUGAGCUCCUAGAAAAGCGAUUACAGGAGGAAACCAGUCAACGGCAAAAGUUAAUUGAAAAGGAAGUGAAAAUCCGUGAAAAGCAAAGAGCCCAGGCCCGGCCCUUGACACGCUACCUGCCGGUCAGGAAGGAGGAUUUUGAUCUGCGGAGCCAUGUGGAAACAGCUGGACACAACGUGGAGACCUGCUAUCAUGUCUCAAUCACAGAGAAGACCUGUCGGGGCUUCCUCAUCAAAAUGGGAGGGAAAAUUAAAACCUGGAAAAAACGAUGGUUUGUGUUUGACCGGAACAAGCGCACCUUCUCCUAUUAUGCAGAUAAACACGAAGCAAAAUUAAAAGGUGUGAUCUAUUUUCAAGCUAUCGAAGAAGUCUAUUACGAUCACUUAAAGAACGCACAUAAGAGCCCUAAUCCACUGCUCACUUUCAGUGUGAAGACCCACGAUCGGAUCUAUUAUAUGGUGGCUCCAACACCUGAAGCCAUGAGGAUCUGGAUGGAUGUUAUAGUGACUGGGGCAGAAGGCUACACCCACUUCAUGUUGUAGGGAGUCUGUGCAGCAGUUAGUUACAUGACAGAAUAAAUGGCCAUCUCUCAGAACUGGUCCCUUUCUGUGACUCUCCAAAGUUAGCCUUUGGCCCAGGGGAAAGCAGGAUCAUAUCCUGCCCUUACAGGAGGAAGAGACUUGAAACCAUCAAAGGAAAGAACACUUCAUCUGAAUAACAACAAUGUCAUUUAUAGGAAAAUGUCUUUUAAACUGAUUUUAUAUCAUAUGUUUUACGAGAACAAAUCAAACAAUUUGCAGAAUUGUGCGAACUCAGCAACAUGCAAAUAUUUUAGAACCUGAACCCCAAAGAUGUAUAGGUGCAUAUUUUAAUAUAUAGUAUUUUUCACUUACUGAUAACCAGCUGGUUUUUUCAACAUAGGUGUUCUUUUCUUAUGGGUAUUUUCAAAUAAAACCAAAGCCGGGGUAGCAGGAGAGGGUGGGGAAGAUGGGGGGAGAGCAGUCUACUUUUAUUUAUUGAGCGCUUAUUGUGUGCAGAGCACUGCACUAAGCACUUCGGAGAGUACAAUAUAACAGAUUGGAUAGCACGUUCCCUGCCCACAGCGAGCUUGCUUCACCUCCAGUUCUUGCCUUAAAGUCCUGCACUAAAGCCAAAGACUGUUAUCCCACUGAAUUACAAGGGAAGAUGAACUUCUAAUGAAGUUCAAUGAACUUCAGUGGCAAAACAAAGAAAACUUUCAACUAUUCAGCAGCAUUUGAAAGCGGUGAAACAUUCCAUAAUAUGGUUUUAACGUUAUCCUGGGCAAAAACCAUCAUGUGAGAUCAGAGCAGACCGAAGAUGGAGUCCUGCGAACAAGAAUCGAUCAUUUGUUUAAUUGGUUUGGAUGAAAAGCAGGGGUUUGGAAAUAGAAAUGUGAGCAUCAUCUGUUAUCCAUUUGUGUGCCUUUGAUAUGGAUCCCUCUGCUUAACCUCUGUCUUUUCUAUCCUCAAAAACAGCCUGACUCAGGUUUCACCAGAGAACAAACUCAACUCUGAGGUUAAAGCCAAAAACUGUCCUCAGAUUCCUUGAAAUGGAAUGGAGUUGUGAGGCUCCACUUUAUUUCAGAGAGUAUAUCUUUCUUUGGAAUUAGCCAUCACAUUUUAUAACGUUAAAUCGACCUGCUGAAUGAAACUUUGACUUCACGAGCAUCUGUUAUAACACUUUUUUCUAAUGCUGUCCCACCUUAUCUGCAUAUUUGUGUUUGUGUGCACGCUGUAUUUAUCUGCUAUAUUAUUUACUUUGAUCAGGCUCACUGAGUAGGAGACAAUAAUGGGUCUUGAUUAGGCAAAGUACUAAAUGAAGUGAAUGGAAUUCUUUUCUGGUAUUCAUGUUGUACUCAUAAGUGCCCUGACUAGAUUCUUUUACUUGAACAUUGAAGGACAAAAGUGCUAUUAAAAUCAUUUUUAUGUUUAUCUAUUUCGGAGAUCACAUUUAAACUGUAAUAUAAAAAUUUAUGCAAAAUGAAAUAUCUGAAAUUUCUUUUGAUAUAUGUUUACCUACAUCAUUUUUCUAAGGAAAAUUGUGCCUUCACCCUAUGGUUAUUCAGGUUUUUCGAAUUAAGUUUUAUAUCUUGCAUGAGUCAAUAAACCAUUUAAAUUCAAAGUUGAAAA